GCAUUAAUAUAAUUUUUAUGUUCGCGGCAAAGAUAUUCUUAAAAAGAAAAAAACUAAGACAAAGAUAUUUUUGUAGAAAAAAAAAAGGAGUGAAUCAUGUGGAAGAGCAUAUAACACGAGAGAUUGUAAGUGCAAGUGAGAGAAAUAGGAAGAAAGAUUUGAGCUAGAAAAUUUUUGAAGGUUGAAAAUCAUGGCGUCUGUAAUUGGAGUUCAUAACUUUGCUGCUUUGAAGGCUGUUUAUGAAAGACCGUCGUUGCGGUGGAUUUUGCAACCCAAAAUGCAGCUGCCAUUUUCAGGUCGGAGAAUGAAUCUGCAAUCUAAGACUUCUGAUGAGGUUGAAGGUUCACCAUUUGAUCAUAAAGGGUUAUUACAGAGUCGAGAAUUAUAUCAGUAUAUUUUGGAGACUAGUGUUUACCCACGAGAACCCGCUCCUCUUAAAGAGAUCAGGGGUAUAACAGAAAAUCAUCCUGAAUUUUUUAUGGGUGCAUCACCUGAUUCAGGUCAACUGAUAGUCAUGCUGUUGGAUAUGUUAAAUGGCAAAAACACAAUUGAACUCGGAGUCUUCACCGGUUAUUCUCUGCUUCUGACUGCUCUUACAAUUCCUGAUGAUGGCAAGAUCCUAGCAAUUGACCCGGAUCUCAAGUCUUAUGAAAUGGGCCUGCCAAUCAUUCAAAAAGCCGGUGUGGAGCAUAAGAUCAAUUUCAAACACUCCCCGGCUUUACCUGUUCUUGACAAACUCCUGGAAGAUGAUAAUAACAAAAGUAGUUUUGAUUUUGCAUUUGUGGACGCGGAUAAAACUAACUACGGAAACUAUCACGAGAGACUAAUGCAGCUGGUGAAAGUUGGAGGUUUGAUAGUGUAUGAUAACACACUAUGGUAUGGAACACUUGUGAUGCCAGAGGAGAGCGUUCACGAGUUGAUGAGAUCAGAAAGAAGUUACUUACUUGAGUUAAACAGAUCCCUUGCUGCAGAUACCCGAAUUCAAAUUUCUCAAGUUCCAUUAGGUGAUGGAAUGACCAUCUGCAGGCGACUCUUUUGACUAACAAAAUUAGGUACAACUCGUACUCAAAGUUUCACUUGCAGAUGACCAUCACUUCAAUACCAUAUUAGCUAUUGAUUAGAAGUCAUGUCGCUUGUCAAUAGUUUCAUCAAAUAAUGUUUGAUUAAUCAUCAAAAUAAAUGAAAUUUUCUGGGAUGAUUAGCUAGAUGAUGUUAUGAAUAAUAUAUCAACCUUCGUAUGAUUAUGUGGAAAAAACGUAGAUUGAAUAAAAAUGUUCAUCUAUUGAUGUUGUAUAUGAGCGUAUUACUAAUUAUGUAUGUGCUAAUGAAAUUGUUGAACUAA